AUAUAAGCCACCUAUUACAGAUUUUUAUUCAUCAGUAGUUCUAUUGCUUCAAAACAAACAUGUUAUCUAAAAUCUUUGCUGUCGCUAGCUUCGUAGCUAUCGCUCAAGCCGGACUUUUGGACUAUGGUCACGCUUCGUCUUACUCAGUGGCUUCCCCAGUCCAUGCUGCCCCAGUUUACGCUCACUCCCCAGUUGUAGCUAAACUCGCCCUUCCAGCUCACCACGAACACCAAGACUACUACUCCCACCCCAAAUACGAGUACAACUAUGGUGUACAAGACCCCCAUACCGGAGACCAUAAGACCCAACACGAAGAACGUGAUGGUGAUGUAGUAAAGGGCAGCUACACCGUUGCUGAGCCUGAUGGUACCUUGAGGACCGUCCACUACACCGCUGAUGAUCAUAAUGGUUUCAAUGCUGUAGUAGAGAAGUCUGGACACCCAGUACAUCCAGCACCAGCUGUACAUAAGACUAUUGUAGCCGCUCCAGCUCAUUACGCUGCUCCAGCUCACUACGCUGUACCAGCUCCUCACUAUAUUUUGACUCUUACUAGCUUAGUAGUUGUAGCCCAAGCAGGUUUCUUGGACUAUUUCCAUCACAGCCAACCAGCACCAGCUGUAGUUGCCCACGCUGCACCUAUUGCACAUAAACUCGCCCUACCAGCUCACCACGAACACCAAGACUACUACUCCCACCCCAAAUACGAGUACAACUAUGGUGUACAAGACCCCCAUACCGGAGACCAUAAGACCCAACACGAAGAACGUGAUGGUGAUGUAGUAAAGGGCAGCUACACCGUUGCUGAGCCCGAUGGUACCUUGAGGACCGUCCACUACACCGCUGAUGACCAUAAUGGAUUCAAUGCUGUAGUAGAGAAGUCUGGACACCCAGUACAUCCAGCUCCAGCUGUACAUAAGACUAUUGUAGCUGCCCCAGCUGAUUACGCUGCUCCAGCUCACUACGCUAUUAUGAUCAAAAUGUCUUUUUUCCAGAUUGUGUUCGUCUCAGCUUUGGUAGCUCUCUGCCAAGCAGGUAUUCUGGAACUGCCAGUUCAUCAUGAAGCCCAAGACUACUAUGCUCACCCCAAAUAUGAAUUCAAUUAUGGCGUACAGGAUCCCCAUACUGGAGACCAUAAGAGUCAGCAUGAAGAACGUGACGGUGAUGUAGUAAAAGGCAGCUAUACCGUUGCUGAGCCCGAUGGUACCUUGAGGACUGUACAUUACACCGCUGAUGACCAUAAUGGAUUCAAUGCUGUAGUAGAGAAGUCUGGACACCCAGUACAUCCUGCAGCAGCUCCAGCUAAGUUGGUGGUAGCUGCCCCAGCUGUGACCAAGGCCAUUUUUGCUGCUCCUGUACAAUAUGCCACGGCACCUCAUUACUACCAUCACUAGACUUUCAUCUAUUUAUAAAUUAAUUAUUUAUUUAUUUAUUGUAUUGUUGUUAAUAGAUAUGAUUUGCUUUUGA